GCCAUUAUCGCAUCUCCUCGACAAACACCACGAGAAUUCCGCAGCCCACACGGGGACACGGGUUCGAGCCCUGGUCCGGGAAGAUCCCACAUGCCGCGGGGCAACCAAGCCCAUGCACCACAACUACUGAGCCUGUGCUCUAGAGCCCGCGAGCCACAACUACUGAACCCGUGUGCCACAACUACUGAAGCCCGUGUGCCUAGAGCCUGUGCUCCGCAACGAGAGAAGCCAUCGCGGUGAGAAGCCCACACACCACAACGAAUAGUAGCCCCUGCUCGCCACAACUAGAGGAAGCUCGCGCACAGCAACGAAGACGCAACGCAGCCAAAAAUAAAAAAAAAAAAGAAAGCUCAACAGUCCAGAAGGAUAAAGGAUGAAGGUGACAGAAACCCCGUGCUUCGUGGGUCUGAUUCCUGCCCAUUGACCGGCCACUCUCCUCUCGUCCUGGAUGAUGUCAGAACAGGACCUGGCGGAUGUGGUGCAGAUCGCCGUGGAGGAGCUGAGUCCCGACCACCCAGUUGUACUGGAGAAUCAUGUGGUGACAGACGAAGAUGAACCAGCUUUGAAACGCCAGCGACUAGAGAUCAAUUGCCAGGACCCUUCUAUAAAGUCAUUCCUGUAUUCCAUUAACCAGACAAUCUGCUUGCGAUUGGAUAGCAUUGAAGCCAAGCUGCAGGCUCUGGAGGCCACAUGUAAAUCACUGGAAGAGAAACUGGAUCUGGUCACCAACAAGCAGCACAGCCCCAUCCAGGUGCCCAUGGUGGCGGGCUCUCCUCUCGGCGCCACCCAGACCUGCAACAAAGUGCGAUGCGUCGUCCCCCAGACUACAGUAAUUCUCAACAGUGAUCGGCAGAACGCCGUUGUAGCCAAGAUGGAAGACCCCCUGAGCGGCAGGGCGCCGGAUCCCCUGGAAAAUAUCAUUAGCAACGCGGUGCCCGGGCGUCGGCAGAACACCAUCGUGGUGAAGGUGCCCGGUCAGGAGGACAGCCACAAUGAGGACGGGGAGAGCGGGUCCGAGGCCAGCGACUCCGUCUCCAACUGUGGACAGUCAGGAAGUCAGAGCAUCGGCAGCAACGUCACCCUCAUCACCCUGAACUCGGAAGAGGACUACCCGAACGGGACGUGGCUGGGGGACGAGAACAACCCCGAGAUGCGGGUGCGCUGUGCCAUCAUCCCCUCCGACAUGCUGCACAUCAGCACCAACUGCCGCACCGCCGAGAAGAUGGCCCUCACGCUGCUGGACUACCUCUUCCACCGCGAGGUGCAGGCCGUCUCCAACCUCUCAGGCCAGGGCAAGCACGGCAAGAAGCAGCUCGACCCCCUGACCAUCUACGGCAUCCGCUGUCACCUCUUCUAUAAAUUUGGAAUCACGGAAUCCGACUGGUAUCGAAUCAAACAGAGCAUCGACUCCAAAUGUCGGACGGCCUGGCGGCGAAAACAGCGAGGCCAGAGCUUGGCCGUCAAGAGCUUCUCCAGGAGAACCCCGUCCUCGUCCUCGUACGGUGCCUCAGAGACCAUGAUGAGCACGCCACCGCCCGCCAGUGAGCUGCAGCAGCCCCCGCCUCAGGCCCUGCACUACGCCCUGGCCAACGCCCAGCAGGUCCAGAUCCACCAGAUCGGGGAGGACGGACAGGUCCAAGUAAUCCCACAGGGCCACCUCCACAUCGCCCAGGUGCCUCAAGGGGAGCAGGUGCAGAUCACGCAGGACAGCGAGGGCAAUCUACAGAUACACCACGUGGGACAAGAUGGGCAGGUGCUGCAGGGGGCCCAGCUGAUAGCCGUGGCUUCUUCGGACCCUGCUGCCACGGGGGUGGACGGCUCGCCACUCCAGGGCAGCGACAUCCAGGUCCAGUACGUGCAGCUGGCACCGGUGACCGACCACACCGCUGCAGCCCAGGCGGCCGACGCCCUGCAGCCCACCCUGCAGUCCGAGAUGCAGCUGGAGCAUGGGGCCAUCCAGAUCCAGUGAGGGGACGGCCGCCGACCAGACAGGGCCCGAGCCAGAGCCACCGCUCAGCGCUGGUUCCCGUCACCCGCACCGUUCACACGCACCCGUCCCUCGGCUUCGCACGGGAGGGGGCCCGCACACGUUCUGCUCAAGUGCAUCCGAGUGCCUCAUCCUCGGGGAGAGCGCGCCGGUAAAUAAAGACGACGGUAGCCCCUGCUGCCCCCGCCCGAAGACCCUGUUUCUUUUGAUCACCCCGCCGUGUCCGGGGAAGGAGCGGGAAGCACAGCGCGGUUGCGUUAAGUACACGCAGGAAAUCAAGAACUACGAUAUUUUUCUCUGUUCAAACAGCUUUUUUAAUUUGCUAUGGUGUUUAUAACAAAAAACAAAAUUGAAAAAAAAGUGGAGUAGCAGAAGCCUUUUGCUGUGUGCUCUGUUCAGCGUAAUGAGAAUAGGUAUUUGCAAAAGAAGACUAACAAUUUUGAUGGAAACGUUGCUUACCUACUUUUCUAGGGGGAUGUUGUCAGCACUGUGAUUGUGCAUUUCUAAUGGAAUAAAAUGUAUUUAUGACCACA